AUGGUCGUGGAGGCCUUCUGCUAUUGGCCAACAUUCUUGUUGCAGGUUUUGAGCCCUUCCAGAACGCGCCAGAGGAUGCUUUGCGAGAAAAGUCCCUGCCUCCUUACAGGCCUACGCAGAAUCGAGGAGGCUACGAGAGAAAAGCUGACAGCCUUGGAGGUAGGCACAGUCUCCGAGAGCAAAUUUUUCCUCGGCUCUGCCGCAUCGCAGAAGGUCGUCGAUGCCGUGUAUCGAGGACAGGUUAUAUACACGCCCUUGUCAUUCGUCGACAUUUUACCGGAUCAUUAUAAACAUCACCCGGUCUCCCUCUACGAUCCUCGGGAGGCACCUCUUCUGAAUCAGUAUCGGUUGAUUGUCCCCCGCAUUCGCAGUAUUACUGAGGUCUGCCAGUUUGCAGUCCUCUUGACGCUAUACGUCCUCGCCAUGACUUAUCGUCAAAGUUCGAAAUUGACCGUCUAUGAACUUAUCUUCUGCAUUUACACGACAGGGUGGAUCUUGGAGGAGUUCGCUCCUAUCAUCGAGCACGGGUGGCAGAUUGUCGCAAACGAAACUGCGGAGAUCCAAUUCCGGCCGGCAGUCCUCACAUUUGAAGGUGUGAAAAGCGAUGCUAUUUUCGCUUACCGCCCGCCUUUCAAUAUUUUGGCUCUGCUUAUUCUCCUCCCGACGAAAUUUCUCCUGUCUCCACGGCGGUUCCACCAAGUCAAGGUGUUCACAAUCCGAGUGCUGAACGGCCCCGUUCUGCUGAUCAUUGGUGCUUAUGAGCGGCAAUGGCUUUGGCGAGCACCAAACAGCGGUGCCGAUGGUCUACCCAAACGUGGCAAACUUGCAUUAUGGAUCGUGUCGGGGGUUUCACCUCACGGGGAUAUUCAAGCAAUUUGUGAUGUAAGACUGCCUCAGGAGGCUGUCGACAAAGGCCAGGACUCUGACCUCUUACAUGCCGAUAUUCUGGAGAACGACAAGCGAUCAAGGGAAGCAAGGCCCGAUCAAGGCUUGCAACGAAGAAGACGUUCAAAGUCUGUCUAA